AUGUCAGGCUCAGCAGAUCCAUUAGUGAUAUCAUUCGGUGAGAUGCUCAUCGACUUUGUCCCUGACUCAUCUGGUGUCUCCUUGGCUGAGUCUUACGCUUUUAUCAAAGCCCCUGGAGGUGCUCCUGCCAAUGUUGCUUGUGCCGUAGCCAAACUUGGUGGCAAUGCUGCCUUCAUUGGCAAGGUGGGAGAUGAUGAGUUUGGAAAGAUGCUAGUUGAUAUUCUGAGGAAAAACAAGGUGAACAUUGAUGGUGUUUGCUUUGACACGGAAGCAAAAACUGCUUUGGCUUUUGUGACAUUGAGGAAGGAUGGAGAGAGGGAGUUCAUGUUUUACAGAAAUCCCAGUGCAGAUAUGAUGCUGGCGGAGUCAGAAUUGAACAUGGGUUUGAUCAAGAAGUGUAAGAUAUUUCAUUAUGGAUCCAUUAGCCUGAUAGCAGAGCCAUGCAGAUCAGCUCACUUGGCUGCCAUGAAAGUUGCUCGUGCUAAUGGUGCUUUCCUCUCCUAUGAUCCAAAUGUGAGGCUUCCUUUGUGGCCUUCUGAGGAGGCUGCUAGAUCUGGGAUCAAGAGCAUUUGGUUUGAGGCGGACUUCAUCAAGGUGAGUGAUAACGAAGUUGAAUUUCUAACACAAGGUGAUCCUGAGAAGGAAGACGUUGUCAUGUCCCUGUGGCACGACAAAUUGAAGUUGCUUCUUGUCACUGAUGGAGAGAAGGGUUGCAGAUAUUUCACUAAGAAAUUCAAAGGAAGGGUGACUGGAUUUUUAGUGAAGGCAGUUGACACAACUGGUGCUGGUGAUUCUUUUGUUGGUGCACUUCUCACAGCUGUGGCCAGGGACAGCUCCAUAUUUGAGAAUGAACAGAAAAUGAGAGAGACUUUGACCUUUGCAAAUGCUUGUGGAGCAAUGUGUACAACACAGAAGGGUGCAAUUCCUGCACUUCCAACCACCAAAGAUGUUGAGAAAUUUAUUUCCGACUCUAAAGCCAAAUAG